GUGUAUGCACUCUGCUACUGUGCGUUGUGUAUGCGCUGUAUAUGCAUUAUAUGCGCGGUAUAUGCGCGGUAUAUGCGUUGUAUGCUGCAGUGUGCAGUUGUGCUGCGUAUACAUGCUUACUCAGCAGGAUGGCGACGGAUGCAUCACCACCAAGGAGCUUGGCAUUGUCAUGCGCUCUCUUGGGCAGAACCCGACCGAAGCCGAGCUUCAGGAUAUGAUUAAUGAGGUCGAUGCAGACGGAAACGGGACAAUUGACUUCCCCGAAUUCCUGACAAUGAUGGCCCGAAAAAUGAAAGACACUGACUCAGAAGAGGAAAUUCGGGAAGCGUUUAAAGUCUUUGAUAAAGACGGCAAUGGGAUCAUUUCAGCAGCAGAACUGCGGCACGUGAUGACCAAUCUCGGGGAAAAGCUUACAGACGAAGAGGUGGACGAGAUGAUCCGGGAGGCAGAUGUGGAUGGGGACGGAGCAAUCAACUACACUGAAUUUACACGGAUCAUGCUUAAUAAAUAGUCGUCCGAAAGGUGUUGAAGGGAGGGAGGAGG